AUGGAUGCAGUUGAAAUACUGAAGAUCUUGAACGGUAACUCUGAUAUUCUUUACGGCAACGCAGAGUUGGCCAAGCAUAUUAGGUUUGACAUAGAUUGGGCCUUUGGUUGGUCGAGAACAGUUGCUGCCAAGGCUUUGUCAGUAUUGAAUGAGCAAGAUGAGGCUCUUUAUCAAGAAGGGAACUCGGGGUCGAUUUCUUCAUAUGUGGAGGAGACUGGUGUAGGAAGGCUUUUUAAGCCAUCAAACCUUGCAGAUACUCAAGGUGUUCAAGUUUUGGUGAAUACUAGGAUUGUCACUUAUGUACUUGCCCAUAAAGCCAUCAAUGUUCUAACUCCGAUCCUUUAUUCUACCUCGAUAGUAGAGAUUCCUACCCCUACUCCCGAGGUGGAUCAACUUGUGGAUGUUGCAGCCACUUUAUCAGUGGGAGAAUCAACCCCGCCUCUGGUUUCUUCAUCUGCAAUGGCUUUGAGUCUUUUGGUUGUUUCAAUAUCAUUCUACUUGAAGGAAUAUAUAUCACCAGAUUCUGAUUUAUAUGCGACAUUGAGCCUCGUAUCGGUGGCUGGAGUUGUGGUCAUGGUUAUUGCAUUCUCUCUGGGAUUAGGAGUAAUGCCAUGGAUUAUAAUGUCUGAGAUUCUUCCGAUUAACAUCAAAGGCCUAGCUGAAAGUUUUGCAACACUUGUCAAUUGGUUCUUUUCCUGGUUGGUUACAUUAACAGCAAAUUUGCUCUUGGAUUGGAGUUCGGGAGGAUUUGUUGCCAUUUGGGUCCCCGAGACAAAGGGAAAAACUCUUGAAGAAAUACAACAGUUUUUCAGAUGA